GUACCGAACUUGGCAGCGACGAACAAGAAGUGGAUGCAGCAGUACCGACAAUGCGCGUGCUAUUUCAACAAGCUCUCCAAGAACGACUUGCUCGUGUUCGUCGCCAACACUUGCUUCACUCGCGACGCCAUCGAUCGCGUACCAGCCGGAACGCGCAAUUUGAUGAUAAUGCAAGCCGUCGACUAUUGUCAGCAGGAACAAGAGAAUGACUUCAAAUUCAAUAAAAAUGCUUGCAGUGAUCCGUCCUGGGCGCAAGUAGGCCAGGAGCUAACGCGCUGGGCGCGCUUCUUGGAGAACUACUACUCGUCCACCAUACAGGGCAUCAUUGACACCAGCGGUGUUCCUCACGAUGAGAUAUGGCCUGAGAUUGAAAUGAGCCACGGCGAUCCCGACACGAUUGUCCUGUGCGCGAGUCAACUUGUGAUGCAAGGAGACAUGCGGGCGUCCGCCUUGACCACUGUGCUGCAGUGCCUCAAUGUGGACGCCCGUCCGGAACACGUCUUCCGCUGCAUUGCUGAAAACGUGUAUUCUGCCGAUGACAUCCAAAAACUGGUAACCCGUCUCACUCAAUACCACAACGACGGCGUCAAGUUCUCCGAUGAUCUGCUCGAGCGCAUCAUGCAAAAGGCCACCGAAUGUGGGCUGCCGCCGCACAAGCAAAUUAGUCUUCUAUCUCUUAGCCAAAAGACUCAAAUGCAUGAUAGCAGCGACCUAAUGAAGAUUGCUCAGUUCACUGCUGAUUUAUUAAGGGCUGAGUGGCCAGACUCUGGUUGUGCUGCUUCUCUUACGGAUGAGAAGCUGCUGAGUGAGGAGGGCCGACGCGAGAUGUUCGCCGCGUUCAGCCAGGAUGCGGACUCGUGGCAGCGCAAGAAGGCGCUCGUCGACGUACUGGUCUGCUGGCCACCUACCAGAGACGGAGAAACAAGGAGUCUCCAUUGCGAGUACCUGCAAUCGCUGUUGACUCCCUCCGCAGAUCACAAGGAGAACUUGGUCCUCAUCAAAUUACUGCUGAGGCGACCGCUGCUCAACCAAGAGGAGGUGCAAUAUCUAGUUGAAAACGCGCCCAAAGAAGCAGCAAUCAACGCAAUCUGGAUUGUACUACUCAGCAACGACGAACAUGACAAGGAACACAUACUCGACCUAAUAGCGCGACACAAG